AUGCCAGGGGGCCCCCUAGGGGGCCCCCAGGGGGGCCCCCUAAAGAGGAGCCCCCUUGGGGGGCCCCCCUUUGAAGGGGGCCCCUCUUUGGGUACAGUGGGGGCCCCCAUGGCCCCCUGGGGUGGGGCCCCUCUGGGGGGCCCCUCUGCUCUUUUUGCUGCUGAUCUAAGAGAGCCUUCUGAGCCUUAUGAUAGGCUGAGAAGACUUGUAAAUAUAAAGCAGCAAGAGGUGCAGCAGCUGCUGCAGCAGCACUCUUCGAUGAACGACCCGCUGCAGCUGCGGCAGCACUAUGUGUCUCACUGCCACAACGGGAAGCUAAUUGAAAAGCUGCGGCCGAGGCCGCAGCAGCAGCAGCAGCAGCAGCAGCAGCAGUUGCUGCAGCAGCAGCUUGCUGCAUGCAGGGACGCGAGCGGCAGGCAGCAGGAGCUGCUGCUGCAGCAGCAGCGGCAGCAGCAGCGUCUGCUGAAGCAACUUCAAGCCUUCGAGAACCCCCAUCAGCAGCAGCUGCUGCAGCAGCAACAGCAGCAGCAGCAGCAGCAGCAGGGGAAUGAGCUCUUCAAAGCUUUAAAAUCCCAAGAUCCCGAUGAAGUGGCGCAGGCUGCGGAGUUGGGGGCUGACGGAGUGUAUUUGAUUUAUUCUCUUUUGGGAUUGUCUUUGUCGGAGUUGCUGUUUGCUGCUGCUGUUGCUGGUCUUGAUGCUGCUGUUGAAGUUGCAAGUGCUGCAGAGGCGCAGCAGGCCCUCGAAGCAGGAGCCACCAUCCUCGUCGCGAACCAAAGGGACCGUUUGACGGGCCUUUUUUAUCCCUUUGGGGCUUUGGAGGUGAGAGCAGCAGCACCUGCUGAAGUGAUUGUUGCUGCUAAAGGGGGCAUUGCAGCAGCAGCAGCAACAGCAGCAGAAGCAGCAGCAGCAGCAGCAGCAACGGAGACCGCACAGCAACUCGCCAAGGGAGGCGUCGACGCAGUUGUGCUCGGAAGAGCUCUGCAGCAGCAAAAUGUCUUUGAAAUAAUUGAAGGCCUCAAAAAGAUUCGCCCGGGGCCUCGUUCUCUGGUCCACUUAUUUGCUGCAGCAGAAGCAGCAGCAGCAGCAGCAGCAAAGCAGCAGCAAGAAGAGACUCCCCACAAAAGAAGCAGCAAAACAAACCCAGGGGGCCCCUCACCGCAGCAGCUAGCAGCGCUCUCUGCUGUGCCCUCCGGGGGCCCCCCUGAGGGGCCCCCCGAAGGGGCCCCUGGGGGGCCCCCGGGGCCCCUUGAGGGCCCCCCUAGGGGGCCCCCAGGGGGCCCUCUAGGGGGGCCCCUAGGGCCCGAAGGCCUCCACAUAGAGGCUCCCCCGCAGGGGUUCGCUGUUGCUGCUGCAGAGGAUUCAUACAGCAGCAGCAGCAGCAGCAGCAGCUCAGAAGCUGGGGGGAGGCCCUAUGGGGGCCCCUCUGAGGGGCCCCCAGGUUUUGUGGGGUUUGAGGGGCCCCCAAAAAAGGAAACAGAAAUGGAAGCGAUUGAAAAGUCAAUGACCACUAGAGUGCUGAGAGUUGCUGGAGUGGGAGGGGAGGCAGCAGCAGCAGCAGCAGCAGCGAGAACGGGAGCAGCAGCAGCAGGAACGGGAGCAGCAGCAGCAGGAACGGGAGCAGCAGCAGCAGGAGCGGGUCCAGCAGCAGCAGGAACAGCAGCAGCCGGGUCAGCCGCAGCAGCGCGAGAGGCCUCUCAGGGCCUCCGUGUCUUCCACUCAGACAUUUUGAACAGCAGCAGCAGCAGCAGCAGCAGCAGCAGCAGCGAGUUGAGCGACACUGAGCUGACUGCACUUUGCAGAAUGGUGGACCCUUUAGCUGCUGCAGCAGGAGAGCUGGACCCGCAGCUAGUGGGGGCUUUGCUGCAGCAGGUGCAGCAAAACCCAAAAGCAUUUGAAAAAGAAACUCAAAGACACUUCAGGGCCCUUUGGGCCCAAGCAGAAGAACUCGAAAACACCCAGGGGGGCCCCCCAGACCUUUCCCUCAUUGGGGGCCCCCCCGGGGACUUCUUGGGGGCACCCCCGGGGGCCCCCCUGGGGGCCCCCCUGGGGGCCCCUCCAGGGGCCCCUGUAGAUGCGCAGCGAAGGGCCCCCCCAGGGGGCUCCUUGGGGGCCCCCAGGGGCCCCCCGGACGCCCCGCGCCCUGCUGCUGCUGCUGCUGCUGCUGCUGCAGCUGAGGAGCCGCUGCUGUGGGGCCCCCUGGAGGCGGAGAGGCAGCAAAAAGAAAAGACAAAAAAGAAACUGGAAAAGAACUUUUGGAAAGAAGAAAAAGUUGCUGGAGCUUCAAAAGAAGAAGUGCGAAGCUGGCUGCAGGACCCGCUGCUGCAGCAAGCAGCAAAGUUGCUGCUGCAGCAGGAGGAAGCAGCAGCAUUUUUCAGCAAGCUGCAGCACAAGGCGCAGCAGCUUUGGGGCGCAGACAUGCUCUUGGGCCAGCAGCCUCCUGCUGCUGCUGCUGCUGCGGCUCCUCCUGCUGCAGAUGGUGAUGCUGCUGCAGCUUCUGCUGCUGCUGCAGCUGCCGCUGCUUCUGCUGCUGCUUCUCCUUCUGCUGCUGCUCCACAGGCAACUCCAGCUGCGACUGUUGUGGCGUCUCCUCCUGCAGCUCUUGUUGCUGCAGCUCCUCCUGCUGCAGCUCCUCUUGCUACAGCUCCUCGUGCUGCUGCUGCUGCUGCUGCUGCUGCUGCUAGAGCCGCAGAGAUGGCAGGAGGAAAAAUGGGGGAAGGCGCAACAGAAGAUGCAAAAGCAACAGCAGCAAGAAGUAAUGCAGCAGCAGCUACAGAUGCACCAGCAGCAGCAGCAGCAACAGCAGCAACAGCAACAGCAACAGCAGCAGCAGCAGCAACAGAAGCUAGGGCAAAGGAAAGGAUAGAGGAGAUAAGGAAUGAAAAGCCAAAUGAAGAAUUAAAUAAAACUAAAGAAACAAAAAUAGAAAACAAUGCAGCAGCUGCCAGCAGCAACGCAGCACCUGCUGCUGCUGGCGCUGCUGCUGCUGCUGCUGCUGCUCCUGUUGUUUCUGUCGCUCCUAUGUCGUAUAGGAACUGGCUGCUAGGGCCUUCACAGCAGCAGCAGCAGCAGCAGCAACAGCAGGAGCAGCAGCAGCAGCAGCAGCAAACUCGUGUUACCUACUCGCGCGUGGGCUGUGUUGACAGCAAAGAGCCGCUGCUGUCUCCAACAGACAAAAUGCUUCCUUAUAUCCAGUUCUUUCAGCAGCAGCAGCAGCAGCAGCAGCAGCAGCAACAGCAGCAACAGCAGCAGGGGAUUUUCCCCAGCUGGGUCAUGGGGGCCCCCCAAUGGGUACAGGGGGCCCCCAAAUGGGUCAAAUGGGGGGCCCCCAAGUGGGCACUGGGGGCCCCCAAAUGGGUACUGGGGGCCCUCAAAUGGGUACAGGGGGCCCCCAAGUGGGUACAGGGGGCUCCCAAAUGGGUACAGGGGGCCCCCCUGGUUCGGGAGUUUGGGAUAUAA